AUGUUACAUGCAGGCAUCGAAGCUCUUUUUGGACGUAAUCGAGAUGGUCAUCGAACAAGACAUAUAUUUCAUCUUCGUCGUCAUCAUCAUCAUCAUCAGCAACAUCAACAACAGCAUCAGAAAGAUGAACAUGAUCACAUAGCAAAAUUCUUUUUAGAUAAACCAAAAUUAGAAAAAAUAUUAGAACGUAGUUCAACAUAUGGUUUUGCUGCAAUGCAAGGAUGGCGUUCAUCUAUGGAAGAUGUACAUAAACAUUUAGUAUCAUUGGAUAAUUAUUCAUGGAAAUUAUGGUCAUAUUUUGCCAUUUUUGAUGGUCAUAAUGGUAUUGAUACAGCAAAAAAUGCAUCAGAUCAACUCGAUGCUCAUUUAUUAAAUGCAUUCAAUCAUAUGCUUGAAAAACAAUAUAAUGGUAAAAUUACAUCCGAUACACCUAUUCAUUCGUCACAUCUUGAUUUUAAUCUUUUAAAUGCUGCGAUUAAACAAACAUAUUUUGAAUUAGAUAAGGAUCUAAGAAGUGUAGUUAAAGAUGAUAGCGGUUGUGUUUGUAUAACAUGUCUUAUCGGGCCUGAGAAGAUUUAUUUAAUUAAUAUUGGUGAUUCUCGUGCAAUUAUUAUAUCUAAUAAUGGUCAGGUUUUAGCACAUACAGAAGAUCAUAAACCGGACGAUCCAGCUGAACAAGAACGUAUUCAUGAAGCCGGUGGUAAAAUAUCGAAAUCAUCUACGGGUGAUGUUUUACGUGUCGAAAAUCAAUUAGCAAUGACUCGUGUAUUAGGAGAUUUUGCUAUGGAUAAACAUAUUGUUCCACCAAUGGCAGAUAUUGUUGAAUAUCCAAGAAAUUUAUUAGCAUCAUUUAUUAUUCUUGCAUGUGAUGGUAUAUGGGAUGUGAUGACAAAUGAAGAGGUUGCAACGUUUGUUAUACAUCGUGCAUCAACAAAUAAAUUAGAAGAAAUUGUAUCACAAUUAUUAGAUGAAUGUAUUCGUCGACGAAGUACAGAUAAUAUGAGUGUAUAUAUUGUUAAAAUUUAA